GCGGCGGCGGCGCCCGGUGCUGGCACCAUGGAGUACGAGCGCAGGGGCGGCCGUGGGGACCGCACGGGGCGCUACGGGGGCGCCCCUCCCCCCUCCGAGGACGGCUCCCGCAGCCAGCGCGACCACGACUAUCGCGACAUGGACUAUCGCGGCUACGGGGGCCCUCCAGAGGGGCCUCCCGCUGCCGGGACCCCCCCCCAGGGCUCCUACGAGAGCGCGGAGCCGCCGCGGAAGCGGGAGCAGGGCCGGGACCCGCCCCGGGACCCGCCCGCGCUGCCGUUCGGCGCUGACGGCGAUUACCGGGACCAGGAUUACCGGGAGGGGCCCGAGGAGGAGCCGCGGGCCAGCACCAUCGUCAUGCUGCGGAUGCUGCCGCAGGCGGCCACCGAGAACGACAUCCGGGCGCAGCUGCAGGCGCAGGGGGUGCAGCCCCGGGAGGUGCGGCUGAUGCGCAACAAAUCCUCAGGUCAGAGCCGCGGAUUCGCCUUCGUGGAAUUUCAUCACGUGCAGGAGGCGGCGCGGUGGAUGGAGGCCAACCAGGCCGGGCUGACCCUGCUGGGGCACCGCGUGUCCCUGCACUACAGCGACCCCAAACCCAAAAUCAACGAGGACUGGCUGUGUGCCAAGGUCUCACAUUUUGAGUUCUAUCUCUAA